GGUGACACUCCCUGGCUUCCCACCCCACCCCAGCAUCAUGCAUCGGACCACACGGAUCAAAAUCACGGAGCUGAACCCUCACCUCAUGUGUGCCCUCUGCGGGGGCUACUUCAUCGACGCCACCACCAUCGUGGAGUGCCUGCAUUCCUUCUGCAAAACCUGCAUCGUGCGCUACCUGGAGACGAACAAGUACUGCCCGAUGUGUGACGUGCAGGUUCACAAAACCCGGCCGCUGCUGAGUAUCAGAUCUGACAAGACCCUCCAGGACAUCGUGUACAAGCUGGUCCCCGGGCUGUUUAAAGAUGAGAUGAAGCGGCGGCGCGACUUCUACGCGGCGUACCCGCUGACAGAGGUCCCCAACGGCUCCAACGAGGACCGCGGGGAGGUCCUGGAGCAGGACAAGGGGUCCCUGAGCGAUGACGAGAUCGUCAGCCUCUCCAUCGAGUUCUACGAGGGCGUCAGGGACCGGGACGAGAAGAAGGGUCCCCUGGAGAAUGGGGAUGGGGACAAGGAGAAGACCGGGGUGCGCUUCCUGCGAUGCCCGGCUGCCAUGACCGUCAUGCACCUCGCCAAGUUCCUCCGCAACAAGAUGGACGUGCCCAGCAAGUACAAGGUGGAGGUUCUGUAUGACGAUGAACCCCUGAAGGAAUACUACACGCUCAUGGACAUUGCCUACAUCUAUCCCUGGCGGCGGAACGGCCCCCUCCCCCUCAAGUACCGCGUCCAGCCGGCCUGCAAGCGGCUCACGCUGCCCACGCUGCCCACCCCGUCGGAAGGCACCAACACCAGCGGGGCCUCCGAGUGUGAGUCCGUCAGUGACAAGGCUCCCAGUCCCGCCACUCUGCCGGCCACCUCCUCCUCCCUGCCCAGCCCUGCCACCCCCUCCCACGGCUCUCCCAGCUCCCACGGGCCCCCAGCCACCCACCCUACCUCCCCCACCCCGCCUGCUACAGCCGGUGGGGCCUCGGCCAGUGCCAACGGGGCCGCCUCCAACUGCCUGCAGACCGCAUCCUCCACCAGCAGGGGGCGCAAGGUGACUGUCAACGGCGUGCCUGUGCCCCCCUUGACUUGAGGAGGGGACCCUCCUUGGCCCCCCUCUCUACUUCACUUUUUCUGGGCCCUUUUUUCCACCUCUUCCACUCCCCAGCUUUUCCCACCGUAGAGGUGGGGGGUGGGUUUUAUAAAUAAAUCUAUAUAUAUAUGUACAUAGGAAAAACCAAAUAUACAUACUUAUUUUCUAUGGACCAACCAGAUUAAUUUAAAUUCCACAAGAAACAAACUGUAUGUGUGUGUGUAUGUGUGAGGAUGGGGUGUUCGUUUUUAGGUGGGGUCUUGUGUAAUGUGCUCUACUUUUUUUGUUUUGAGACUAGCUAUGUAGUCCAGGCUGGCUAUGAACUCACUAUGUAGCCCAGGCUGAUUUUGAACUCAUGGUGAUCCUCCUGUCUCAGCCUCCCAGGUGCUGAGAUUACAGGUGUGGACCACCAGGCCCGGCUGUCCUCUGUCCUUUUUGGGGGUGCCUGGAGGUAGGCACGAGGGAGCCUGGGGGCUUGGUAAAGCCCUGCCCCAUAUGCUUCCCAGAGCAGAUGGGUUAUCAGGGAGCCCCAGAGCUUUAGAUACAGGUUCUCUCCCCACCGGGGCUGCCGCCCUGCCCCUGCCCAGCCCCGCGUUGUUGAAUGUGCAGAGAAUCGCGAAGACAGUGCCUUUCCCAAGUGCAGUUUGUCCCUGGUUCCGAGGAGCAGGUGGGCGUGGACAAGGAGUCUCCCCAUCCUCACUCGCUGUUGGCUUUGUUCAAGGAGUAGAUCGUUCUGCCUUCCCCGCCCCAGGUGAGCGGCCGGUGCCGGCUAACCGUGUGGAGGAGACUGAGCCACCAGCGGCGCCAGCCCUGGGGCGGCCCUGUGUGGCUUUAGCAUUGUGCACCCCUGCACCCCCGGGCGCUAGCCUGGCCCAGGAACCCUCACUUGCAAGGUGGCAAUGUCUCUCUUGGGGUGGAAAGGUGACAAGCACAGAGCUCAGGCUUUGUCAAAGGCAAAUAGCCCUCCGGCCCUCCCACCCUCAGCUGAGGCUGGGUCAGGACAGUGACAGCCAUCUAGAAGCACAAGAGGAAGCAAACCAGGAAGCCCCGGCCCCGCCCCCUGAGCGGUGCCACGCCUACCUUGGGCGGGGCCUAGCCGGUCCCACCCCCCCUUUAUUGGGUCCCAUGGAGACGCCAGACCUCACAACCCAGGGGCUUGUCUGUGUGCUGCGCCCUGUCCGAGGACCUGUGACUGUAUCCUCCCACCUGGGACAUUUGUAUCCGUGGCUUUGUAAUAAAUGCUGCAUACUCUCCGGA